AUGGACCCCUCUCAAGUCAGCAUCCCUCCUCUCAAGGACCUCACCAUCGACAACAUCACCGAGAAUGUCAUCCUCAUCAACUCCCAAUGCGAGGAUGCCCGCAUGAAAUACAUCCUCGAGAGACUAGUCACUCACCUGCACGACUUUGCGCGCGAAACCCGCCUCAGCACCAAAGAAUGGAUGGCCGGUCUGCUCUUCCUGACGGAAGUCGGCCAGAUCUGCAGCGACGUGCGACAGGAGUUCAUCCUCCUAUCCGACGUGCUCGGUCUCUCGCUGCUGGUCGACUCGAUCGAUCACCCCAAGCCCGCGGGUUCCACCGACGGCACCGUCCUGGGACCCUUCCACACCCACGAGGCCGAGGAGAUGGUCGCUGGUUCGGCCCUGUCGCAGGAUCCCAAGGGAGAGCCACUCCUGGUCCUCUGCACGCUGAAGGAUACGCAAGGCCGACCGAUCCCCGAUUGUAAGAUCGAUAUCUGGGAGACUGACUCGACGGGCCACUACGACGUGCAGUAUGCGGAGCGGAACGGUCCUGAUGGUCGUUGUAUCAUGCGCAGUGAUAAGGAUGGUAUUUUCUGGUUCAAGGCUAUUAAGCCCGUGCCGUAUCCGAUUCCGCAUGAUGGACCUGUGGGUAGACUGUUGAAGAAACUCCAUCGUCAUCCGUACAGACCUUCGCAUAUGCAUUUUAUGUUUGAGAAGCCGGGUUACGAUCACUUGAUUACAGCCCUCUACCUCCGCAACGACCCCUACGAAACAUCCGACGCCGUCUUCGGCGUCAAGGACACUCUCGUCGUCGACCUAGGCAAAGUCGACGCCACCCUCGCGAAGAAGUACGACAUGCCCGAAGGCAGUCAUCUGAUGACGUACGAUUUUGUUCUCGUCACUGAGGAGGAGUCCAGUAAUUUGAGAGACCAGCGAUCCAGAGAGGCAUUGGAUAAGUUGGGGAGAAAAGUCAAGAUCGUGAAUGGAUUGCCUAUUCCGGAUUUGGAUUGA